AUCAGCACAGAUCAUACAGUUCACUUUGCCUAGGUGUAGGACGGAGGAAAAAUGGCUACCCAAAUCUAUGUCAACCUAUUGGAAAACCAAAACAUAAUGUAUUUGGAUAAACAUCGCUCAGAAGAACCAGAUAUUCUUGUCGUCAUACCGGGAAUAGAGGGGACGUCGGAGAACGAACGGCACCCAGCCCAACAGAAUGGCGAUAACAGAUGUCAUGCCGACAAAUACACCUCGAACAGACAAAGUCAGAAGAUCAAGCCAACUGAACGAAUGGGAGAUAUGUCAACAAGAAUCCAGGACCAGCUUCCUAUACCUGCUCAAGACAGUCGCUACAAUUACCACGUCUACAAGAGAAAUCAAGGAGACAUUUACAUGAAGUACGAAAAGAAUGGUCGCGGUCACAGCUCUGAGAGAUCUCAGACGUUUCCUAAAGAAGACAGGAACAACAACAACAACACGAUAAUGAAAGUGGUCAUAGAUAAUCUUCGUACACUGCCAUCCUCUGGAAAACUGGAGAUUAUAAUAAAAUUGCCAUCCAUUUGUCAUGAAAACAGCAAAUCAGUCUCAGCAGACGACCACUGUACUCCAAAGGAUCUGGGAAGUCAAAACGAACUCCACCCGGGACCAAAGGUCAAGAGCUGCACAUGUCGAAACUUAGCUGCCUCACUGUUUGACGUUAAAGCGCCAGCAAACAGUUCACCUUAUUUGAAUAUACCUGAAAUGAGACCAAGGUCAUAUUCUGAUUCCAAAAUUCAGGUCCGAAGACCACAAGGAAAGAGGAAUUUAGCAGCGAUGUCAGAGAGACGGAAACAAAGACUGGAGGGACAGAACAGUUCUCCCGUACCUCAAAUAACGGUGCAAGAUUUCUCAGAUAGGCGUAAAGAUUUGCAAUCGCGCUUGAAGGAUGAAUCUGAUGAACUGAAGAAAGAUCUGAUCGACAGUGCUGAAUUUGUAUCGCAGAUUAACUGUUACAGAAAAAGACUCGAAUCCAAGGACGACUAGAGGUUGUUCAUCAGACUGCGAGAUCAUUGAUGAAAUAGAAAAGUGUAGUAAGGUACUUUGUGAUAGAUACAUAUAGAAAAGUGUAAUAAGGUUUCUCCACGAUGGGUAAAUAUAUAGAAAAUGUAGUAAGGUUCUUCACGUCGGAUAAACAUAUAGAAAUCAAUGCCAGUCUGUACUUUAAGAGUGGGUAUGCCUUUUACAUUGUUCGUUCGUUCAAUAAUGUAUACUAUAUUCAUUGAAAAAAAUACACAUACGUCAAAAUCUACGUGUACAUUUUGUAUAUCCCAUUUUGUCACUAUUCUACACGGCUGAUGUGUUGUUUUGAUUAAUGUUUUGUUUAGUAUGUACAUAUAGGUAAGAGAGUGGUGUUGGUAUCCAUCAUAUUCUCAUAUUUUGCCAAAAUAUUUUGUAAGUGUAGCAGUGUACUGUAAAAUCUACUAAUAAAG